AGAGUGUGUCUGCUGCCCGCAUCGGAUAAUAUCAUUACACGCGCGCGCGUUAAUAUAGAGAUCCAGUGCCGCCGCCGCUGUCGGAAUCGUACCGUCACCGUUUUUCGGACAACACGCGUAUAUGAUAUCGCCGAUGAUGACCGUACCGGUGCAACUGUCUUAGACGAUUCACCCUUGUACCGUACGUUUGUGUGUCACUCGACUCGCACACCGCUAUGACAGCUUGACGUUUGUCCGUUGCUCGCGACCGUGUGUCUUGUUUUUAUUAUUAUUAUUAUUGUUAAUUCGACGGGAUCUCGACUUAGUGCCAUCGAAUAUGGCCCUGGAAACAGAAAGGUGCAGCCCGAAUAACGCAUCAAGUCCCGGACCCACCGACAACAACCGGCGUCCGGGUCUUGACGACUGCAGCGAUCAGACAAAAGAGCGGAUGGCCAACGGCCUGUCGUCGUCGUCACCGACGUCAUCCGGAGAGUAUUCUCCUCGGUCCGCGUUGACAUCGUCUGCUUUUCGGCCCGUACUGCAAGAGGACACUGUUCGCCCGGACGACGAAGACGAAAAUGAAGACGCUGACAGCGUGCUGUCGCCUCAAUCUCCGAGACACCGUCGUGGUCGUCCAGAUGAGGUCACCAACAAACCGCUGAGCAUAUGUUCACCGUUGCAAAACAAAGACGGGGCCAUCAAAUCGUCCGCGUUGCAGGCCAACUACAAAAAAACCAAACCGUCGUCUUACAGGCCCUACGACGGAGCGGCCCGAUGGGUUCAUCAACAGCAACAACUAUCACCACAACCGAGUUCUGUCGCCCAUCCCGUCGCAGCCGCCGAAUACGCGGCUCUUGCUGCUAUGGCUGCACACGUGCCACCAAUGUUCCAUUUCAACAAUUGGAUGUAUCGGUUCAACUUGCUGCCUACCGUCGGCAUGCCUUCAUCGGCUGUUGGAGUCGCAGAUUAUUUCCAAAGUUCUCCUCAAUCUCACGACUCGUUACACAGGUCUGUUCCCGCUGACUUGAUGCAAUCCUGUGGGGGUCCUUCGGCUGUCGUAUCUCGUCUAAUGCAACCCCUGCACCAGGGUAACGUUACCAGUUCUGGGAUGCAUCACAACUCGACGAAUGCGUGUUCGCGUCCGACCAGCACUUCCGGUUCAGACGUAUCGUCUUCGUGCACAAUGAAAAACUACAAUACCAGUAGCUACUGUCGUUCACCUUCGCCCCGGUCACCGAGUCCGUUGCACUUGGCGUUUUCCGUGGACAACAUACUCCGACCGGAAUUCGGUACAAAAAUCACCGCUGCUUCUGGCAAGCGACGAUCCCGGGUGUCAACAACUUCACCACCACCACCGCAACCUAUUUUGGCCAUUAACCAAACGGUUCAACAUGUCAAGUUACCCCAACCACCACCGCCACUACCGGUUCUACAGCCAUCCAGCAAGCGUUCGCACGCAACCCCUGAUACCAAGACUUGCAAGCGAAAACCUUUGCCGGUGCCCAUUGCGAUACCUAUCCAGCAGACAUCACCGGCGGCGACGUCUCCGCAGACGACAAAAGCAGCUGCAGAUAUUUUGGUCAACAACAACAGCAGCGAUGGAGAUGCGACCAGCACCGACAAAGAAAUGUGGCCAGCUUGGGUGUAUUGCACCAGAUACUCUGACAGACCUUCUUCUGGUCCUAGAUCGCGACGAAUGAAACGCAAAGACAAGGUUGCCGAAGAGAAGCGGCCAAGGACGGCGUUUAGCGGAGACCAAUUGGCUAGACUGAAGAAAGAAUUUAACGAGAAUCGAUACCUGACCGAGAGAAGGAGGCAAGAACUUGCCAACGAACUGGGUCUAAACGAGGCACAGAUCAAAAUUUGGUUCCAAAACAAAAGGGCGAAAAUCAAAAAGUCCAGCGGCUCCAAAAACCCGUUAGCUCUGCAACUGAUGGCCCAAGGUCUGUACAAUCACACUACUAUUGCAAUGUCCGACGAUGAAAUGGAAGAAAUGUUGCACCAACAACAACAACAACAACAACAGCAGCAGCAGCAGCAACAGCAACAAGCUUCGUCAGUGUCUUAAAUCGCGAGAUAAAAAAAGAGACUUGUUUGCAAUUUUUCCAUUACUUACAUUUGUUUUAAACAAAAAAAAUUCUUUAAUGUUCUCUAAAUACUGGCCUUGAGUUUUAACGUGUGGUAUACAUAUUUUUGUUUUAUUGUAAAUAUGUUUAAAGGAUCAAAUUAUUAUUUUUAAAUUAUUGUUUUUGAGUACACGAUCAUAUAUUUUCAUAUCAAAAAUCGUUUGUACGAACAUCAUGUUUUGAACAUUGCAACUAAAUAUAAAUCUUAAAAGUAGCUUAGUUGAUGUCGACUACAUAAAAAACUGUUAUUGAUUUUGACAAUAUGUCUUGAUAUUCAACGUGUACAAUAAUCGUAAAACUUUAUCAUGAACAAAUGUGAAUAGAAAAUAUUAUUAUUAAUGAAUAGAGAUAAAAAUACACUGUAGACUGAGAUUUUAGUAGUUUUUUAAGGAUAAGGUUUGUAAUGUAUUUUUAAAUGAACCUAAGCCUAUGCAUAAACAUUUGUAUACACACAUUAUAGGAAAACGGCGUUUUCGGUUGUUCUAUUUAUUAUUAUUUUAAUCUAAAAUGUUCAUCUUCUAGUCAUUAAUUUUUACAACGUUGUGUAUAAUAUAUAUAUAUUAUACAUAUUUUUAUGUACAGACAAAUUUGACUUUAUGGAUAUUAAAUAUUUUAUUACUAUGUUGUGUGAGUGUAAUGUAUGUGUGUAUACAAUAGAUUGCAAUCGCGCACUGGUCGUGGUGUAAUUAUUAUUAUUAUUAUUAUUAUUAUAUAUUAUAUAUUAUAGUUUUAGUAUUUAAAAAUAAAAACCAAUGUAUUAUCACAAUUAUUUAACAGUUCUGUUGUGUUUUAAUAAUAAUUAUUAUUUUUUAUGGUGUUAUAAAUUUCACCGCGUAUAAAAUAAUAAA